AUGCUGAGGUUGCCAUGGCGUGCAACAAGGCUGCUGCGUGCGGCAAAACGCACCGUGGCCUCCGCUGUUGCGCAGGGGGCUAAGCGAGCCCCGGCAGCUUCCGCGGCGGAGCCACUGACAGCCAGUGCGGCCCGGGCGGCAGCACCCACAAAAGCCGCAGGGCAGCGUAAGCCUCAGCGUCAGGGCAUCCGAAGCAGUAGCGAGAACAGCAGGCCGGCAGCAGCGGCGGCGCCUGAGGUUGCUGUAGCGUUGAAAGACAUUAGAACAAUCUCAACGACGUCCAAUUUUGUGCCUGACAACCGCGAGAAGGUCCUACAAAUAUUUCAGCGCCUGGCGGAGAUCAACAAUGCACUCCAGGAGCGGUACAAGGCGCAGUCGUACCAGAUUGCUGUGGACAACCUCAAGCGGGAUGACUUCAUCUUUGUGCAUCUUCCACCGAACAUCAUGCAGCCCGGCGUGGAUGACACGCAGAGAGCGGAGCAGUUAAAUGCCGUGAAUGCGACACCCGCCGUGGGGGAGAAGCUUAAGGCUAAAAUUGUGGAGAUCCUCUCCACAGGCGACCUUGCGGAGCUCCACAGCCUGCAGGCAAAACCCAUCAUCCGAGCUAUUCAAGACCUCACGCAGGUGCACGGUGUCGGCCCCCGCACUGCGGUGACAUUUUACAAGAAAUACGGCAUUAAAUCCGUUGUGGAGCUGCAGCAACGCAUGCAGGAGCACGACACCGAAGCGAUCGCGGGUAGCGCUGGUAGCAAGAAGAGUUCCAAAAAAAAAUCCACGGGUAAUGAUGAUGCAGUCUUGCACCUUACCGAGGCACAGCGUUUAGGGCUCAAGUACUAUCGCGAUAUCAUGCAGCGCAUCCCGUACGAAGAAGUGCGCCUGCAUGAAGCCUUUUUGAAACUGCGGCUGCGGAAGUAUCUUGGAAAAGGUUACGAACUCUCCAUCUGCGGAAGCUACCGACGACGGCUGCCAACCUCUGGCGACAUUGACGUGCUCAUCACACGCAAAACAAACGGCAAGGUCCCCGUCACCCGCCAAAAUAAGAGCAAAAAAGGCAACACGAGUAGCGGGGAGCGGGUCUUGGCACCGCAGGAGGUGCUUGCGGCCUUCGUGGCGGCCCUCAAGCAGGAGCGAUACAUUGAAGCAACCCUGGCGCAGGGGGCAACAAAAUUCAUGGGGGUGAGUCGUUUGAAGAGCUACAACUACAACGCGGGGGCGACAAUCCCAAGGCUGUACCCUGCACGGCGACUCGAUAUUCGUUUUGUCGAGCCGGAGUGCUUCCCCGCAGCGCUUCUGUACUUUACUGGCAGCAAGAACUUUAACGUCGUCAUGCGGGCAGAGGCGAUCAAGCAAAACUUUGUACUGAACGAGUAUGGUCUGUUCUACAACGGCGCAGCCACACCUGCGAAUGCUGAAGAGGGAAGCAAAAAUAGUAGUAAUAACAACAAUAAACCUAACAAUAAUAACAAUGAUAGUGGGAACAACACGACACGGGGCCGGUGGAAUGCGGAAGCAUUUCAAAAGUUGGUGCGGGCCCAGUACUACUCCGCUAAGUCCCCUGCAUUCAUGGACGACGACGACGACGACGGCGGUGGGGACGAGGACGACGGUGACGAUGGCGACGGCGAGGAUGCCGGCGGAAGGAAGCACCGGAAGAAGGGUUUGGAAUUACGGCAACGACAACUGCAGCAUGGCCUCGCCGUUCUCUGGCGUGAGGUGGAGGCACGGCGUGUAAAGGUGAAGCACGAGCGUGACGUUUUUGACGCAUUAGGCAUGACCUACGUUCAGCCGGAGCAACGUGAGAUUUGA